CUUCCCUCCCUGCGCUCUCCCUCUGGCCCCCAGUUUGUAAUCUGACACAGCAGACUGCAGUUGUCUCCCGGUGAACCUCCCAGUCUUGGCAUUGCUGCUUCUAAGGAAAAUGCUCUUAAGGAAGCUGCCCAAGGAGACCAUCGCCUGAGGCCCCAUUAUGCAGGCCUUCCCGCAAGGGCCCGCCAGCUCGACAAGGUGAAAGCAGAGUAUGCUCGGCUUAAACACACGCUCACCAUAGUGACCAGAGAACGUGAUUUGGCCGUGAAGGAGAAACACCAGCUCCAAGCCAAGCUGGAGAACCUAGAACAGGUCCUAAAGCACAUGCGAGAGGCCGCAGAACGGCGGCAGCAGCUGGAGUUGGAGCAUGAACAAGCCCUGGCCAUCCUCAACGCCAAGCAGCAGGAAAUUGACCUCCUGCAGAAGGCUCAAGUUGAAGCUAAGAAAGAACAUGAAGGUGCAGUGCAGCUGCUAGAGUGCAAGGUGCGGGAGCUGGAGGAGAAAUGCCGGACGCAGAGUGAGCAGUUCAGCCUGCUGUCCCGGGAUCUGGAGCAAUUUCGCCAGCACGCCGGCAAGAUCGACCUGCUGGGCAGCAGCCCCGUGGCCUCCCUGGACGUCCCCUCGUCCCCCAGCAAGUCUUUCCCAAGGUUCAUGAACGGACUGGCUCCCUCCAUUGGAAAAGGUCAGGAGAGCGCCCUUGGAAGCCGUACUGUGGUCGGUGAAUAUAUCCGGCCCCUCCCGCUCCCGGGUGACAAGCCGGAACCUCUGUCCGUCAAGCCCACCUUCCUGUCAAGAUCCAGUGGCCCAAGAUGCAGAUUUGAAUCAGACAUGGAUAAUGAUCGGAAUUCCAAUACCGCCAAGCAGAGGUACUCGGGGAAGGUCCACUUGUGUGUCGCCCGCUACAGUUAUAACCCCUUCGAUGGGCCCAAUGAGAACCCGGAGGCUGAGCUGCCCCUCACGGCAGGGAAGUAUCUCUACGUCUAUGGAGACAUGGAUGAGGACGGCUUCUAUGAAGGCGAGCUUCUGGACGGGCAGCGGGGCCUGGUGCCCUCCAACUUUGUGGAUUUCAUCCAGGACAACGAGUCUCGACUGGCCAGCACGCUGGGGAACGACCAGGAUCAGAACUUCAUCAACCAUGCGGGCGUCGGCUCGGAGGGGGAGAACAUUCUGGACCUCCACUCUCCAACGCUCAUGGACUCCGGCCUCGCUGACCACGGGGCAGGGAUGCUGGAUGUGAACAUCGACGACAUCGGAGAAGACAUCGUGCCUUACCCUCGGAAAAUCACCCUCAUCAAACAACUCGCCAAAAGUGUCAUUGUGGGCUGGGAGCCCCCGGCAGUGCCCCCGGGCUGGGGGACCGUGAACAGCUACAACGUGCUGGUGGACGCAGAGACGCGCCUGAGCCUGGCGCUGGGCGGCAGGACCAAGGCCCUGGUGGAGAAGCUGAACAUGGCAGCCUGCACCUACCGCAUCUCCGUGCAGAGUGUCACCAGCCGGGGCAGCUCGGACGAGCUGCGGUGCACGCUGCUGGUGGGCAAGGAUGUGGUGGUGGCUCCCUCCCACCUGCGUGUGGACAACAUCACCCAGAUCUCUGCCCAGCUCUCCUGGCUGCCCACCAACAGCAAUUACAGCCAUGUCAUCUUCCUCAACGAGCAGGAGUUGGAUGUCGUCAGGGCCGCCAGGUACAAGUACCAGUUCUGCAACCUCAGACCCAACAUGGCUUACAAGGUGAAGGUCCUGGCCAAGCCCCAUCAGAUGCCCUGGCAGCUCCCCCUGGAGCAGAGGGAGCGGAAGGAGGCCUUCGUGGAGUUCUCCACGCUGCCUGCAGGUCCUCCAGCACCCCCACAAGAUGUUGCUGUCCAAGCUGGGGCCACCCCAGCCACUGUCCAGGUCUCCUGGAGGCCGCCCGCUCUGACGGCCACUGGGCUGUCCAAUGGAGCCAAUGUCACCGGCUACGGCGUGUACGCAAAAGGGCAGAGGGUCGCUGAGAUCAUCUCGCCCACAGCGGACUGCACGGCCGUGGAGCUGGUACGCCUGCGCAGCCUGGAAGCCAAGGGCGUGACCGUGCGGACCCUCUCUGCCCAGGGCGAGUCCGUGGACUCUGCCGUCGCUGCCAUUCCCCCCGACCUCCUGGUGCCUCCAACCCCCCACCCGAGAACUGCUCCCACACCGAAGCCAUUAGCAAGUGCCGGAGCCCCCGAAACCAAAGAUGAGCACCCGGGUCCCCACGCCGUGGUGGACGAGGCCUGGGAACACGGCCGGGCACCCGCCCCAGCCCACGGGCACCUGCUGGAGCCGCCCGGCCUGCAAGGCUCGGGCCCCGGGCGGCGGUCGCCCUCGCCCAGCCGCAUCCUCCCGCAGCCGCAGGGCACCCCGGUCUCCACCUCGGUCGCCAAGGCCAUGGCCCGGGAAGCCGCACAGAGGGUGGCCGAGAGCAGCAGGUUAGAGAAAAGGAGCGUCUUCCUGGAGAGGAGCAGCGGACAGUAUGCAAACUCGGACGAGGAGGACGGCUAUGAGUCUCCGGACGUCAAGAGGAGGGGCGCAUCUGUGGAUGAGUUCCUGAAAGGCUCGGAGCUGGGCAAACCGCCACACUGUUGCCAUGGAGACGAUUACCACACGGAGAGCAGCCGGGGGUCUGACCUCUCGGACAUCAUGGAGGAGGAUGAGGAGGAGCUGUACUCUGAAAUGCAGCUGGAAGACGGGGGCAGGAGGCGGCCGAGCGGCACGUCCCACAAUGCCCUCAAGGAGUGCUCUAAGAAUAGGACCACUGAACGUGCUUUCUCGGAGUUACCCGAGUACCCCCAACAGACCCACCACACUAAGAGACUUUUCAGUAUCCCCGAAGUAGCGGAGGAGGACGGAGAACCUUGUGAGUUCCUGCACAAGCAGGCCUUAGGGUCCUCCUCCAGGGUCAGGACCGGGCUGGCCAGAGAUCCCAGGCCCGCCAGGCCCUGCCGGGGGCACGAGACCCUCCACGGCUUCUGGUACCCUGCGAAACCCAGGGGCCCCCAGGCCGACGACUUCGUAUUCGAAGACAGAGGCUGUCGGUUCAGCCGCUCGGCCACCAGGAGCCCGGACAGCGGCCUGGACUGCGGCAGUGAAGAGGAGGAGAUGCGAUUUAGUUUCCGAAGCCCUACUGCCCAGUGCAGCCCCGGGCCCGGGCACUGUCCUUGUAGGAGGAGCCUGAGGCCCCUGCUGGCCCGGCGCCGGACGCUGACCCGGCAGAGCAGCAUCGAAGAGGAUUUUGGGGAGCCAGUGGAGCCCGGCGUCGUCGUCAGGAGCGAUGAGCCCCACCCGAGCCCAGAGAGGUCCACCCCCAGCAAGUACGGCUGGGAUGAGCCCACGGGCCGCGAGGAUUUCCGAGAUGCCUGGAAGAAAAGCAUAAAAAUGCCCGACAGUAGGGCCAUUGCCCGACAGGCCCAGCCUCCUCCCCGGGUUGCAGAUGGCCCUUUGAUUUUAGGAAACCCGGUGACCGCAGGACGGGCUGAUCGGGCGGAUCACGUGGGCCGGAGGUUUUCCCACGGCAGUGCUGGUUCCCACAGGUCCCGGCCAAUGAUGGUCCAUUCUGCGGGUCAGGAUAUUCCACAUCAGGGCAGAGGGAGGAGCGCCCACUCCCAGGUCAGACCAGCAGCUGGAGAUGAGUACGGGCGGGACCGGCUUUCUCCGGACUUCUACGAAGAGUCAGAGACAGACCCUGGGGCAGAAGAGCUCCCAGCCCGCAUCUUUGUGGCCCUUUUUGACUACGACCCCCUCACCAUGUCCCCGAACCCAGACGCUGCAGAAGAGGAGCUUCCCUUUAAAGAAGGGCAGAUCAUCAAGGUGUAUGGUGAUAAAGACGCUGAUGGAUUCUACCGCGGGGAAACCUGUGCCCGGCUUGGCCUUAUUCCCUGUAACAUGGUCUCUGAAAUCCAGGCAGAUGAUGAGGAGAUGAUGGACCAGCUUCUCAGACAAGGCUUCCUCCCUCUGAACACACCUGUGGAGAAAAUAGAGAGGAACAGAAGAGGCGGCAGGCAGCACUCAGUGUCCACGCGAAGGAUGGUGGCCCUGUAUGACUACGACCCAAGGGAGAGCUCGCCCAACAUCGACGUCGAGGCUGAACUUACAUUUUGCACAGGAGAUAUUAUUACUGUUUUUGGUGAAAUUGAUGAAGAUGGAUUUUAUUAUGGGGAGCUUAAUGGGCAGAAAGGGCUUGUACCUUCCAACUUCCUAGAAGAAGUGCCUGAUGAUGUAGAAGUCUACCUUUCCGACGCGCCGUCCCACUACUCACAGGACAUGCCAAUGCGCUCCAAGACGAAAAGGGAGAGCUGGUGCUUCUCCUCAAAGCACAAGUGAGUGUCCUGAACACAAAGGCGUUUGGUGGAAGACUGCUCUGUUGGUAUACCAAUGCAAUACUAAGUUUAAUGAAACAUGCAGCUCAAACGAUUGCAUUAGAUGGAAUAGAUGGUAUCUUCAGGUGUACUUUGGGAUGCUUUACUAGGUGUUUUCCAUUAGAAUUAGACCUUGAUUUUAAAUCCAAGUAAGCUUGAAGCCCCUUGGCUCAUAUCAUUUGCCUGUUGAAUAAUGAACACUCAUAUUAGAGAGAGGUUUGCUCUGGUGAGGUAAGGGAAUAAGAGGAAUGCAGGCAUGCCCAGGACCAGAAACAUGAGUGAGGCCAGUUGUCAUGCCUCCCAUAUAGUUCUGCUCUUGUAAAGCAGCAUUAAGCACUGAAGUGUACAAAAGUCCUACCAUGUGCUCUAUAUUGACAAAAAGACAUCUUUAAUAUCUUGGAAAUAACAAAAGCAUACAAUAAGGGCCUUUAAGCUUUCUUUGAUUGUAAUUAAGGUUCAUUUUAGUUUUUUUUCUUUUCUUUCAACCGGUGUGCCAUCUCCAAUGUUUCUACAGUAUACUAACCAACCCAGGAAUGCACUCAGCAAUGUCAGGGUUUUAUAUACCCAAGUAGUUUUCAUAUACAACAAAACUUUAAGAACUUUUUUCUUUAAGAACUUUUGUGUUUAAGAUUACUUUUGUGUUUAAGAUGGGUACUUGGCCAAUACUACUCUCAACAUAAUUCAAAAUAACUUUUUUUUUCCCUGCUCUUGGUCUUAGUUUACAAAGUAAAUUACUACCUAGCUUUGUUUUGCCAAAGCAAUGGCCACCCCCUCCCCGGAGACAAAGAAACUGAAAACCCAACAUUGAUGGCUAGACCCCCCUGUCAGAGAUAUGCCCUGGGAGGGGUGUGAGCCUCUCAUGGCAUACUUUAACCCUUGGAAGAAGGCAUGAUCCACCCUUACCUUUCCUGGUGGGAAACGGGGCAGUGUGGGGCUUCUGAUGUUACCGAGUGAGCGGAUGGAUGUUGUUGGCGCUCGCGCACUCAAUGAACUGUAACAAUGUACCUACUAGGUUCCUGCUGAGGGUUCAGGUACAGCAAGGAGAGCGCCAUCCCCCACAGUGCAUCUCCAUUCGGGGUCGCCUCCGUCACCUAAGGGUACUGGUAGUCCUGGGAGAGGCAGGGACAUGUCCUCGAAAAAGAAAAAGGG